AUGUCCAAUAUAAUUCGAGACGCCCCCAUUGGGCAGCUGGUCCGUCUCAUCACCAGAAAUCGUGUUCUCCGAUACGCAGAAGAGCAGCCAGACUUUGCCCUACCCGAGCCAUGGAAAAAGCUCAUGAACAACGAAUCGAAAUACGCAGCUCCAGAUUCCACAUCCGAAACCACUACUUCCUCUUCUUCGUCCUCCACGAGGCAAGACGACGAUGAAAACGACACACAGACGCACAAUACCGAUACUAUCAACCCUCCCCAGCCCGCAGUAUUAUCGUCGACGCGGAACCAACCCGACCCCGAAAAUAAUGGCAAUGAUGAACAGGAACUCAAGCUCGAAAAGACUCAGAGCAUACCGAUUGUUCCCAAAAAGACAAAAGAUGGCGCCAUUUUGGUCGACUGGUAUUACACGGAUGAUCCAGAGAAUCCACACAAUUGGACUAAUCUCCGUCGGGCCAUGGUGACAGUCCUCAUCUGUAUUUACACAUUUGUCGUCUACACCUCAUCAGCCAUUUACACAACCUCCGAGUCCGGCGUCAUGGCCGAGUUUGGCGUCAACGACACCCAGGCCGCCUUGGGCCUCGCCCUCUUUGUUCUCGGCUACGGAAUCGGCCCCUUGCUCUUUUCGCCCUUGAGCGAGCUGCCUUCUGUCGGACGCAACCCAGUGUACACGUGGACCAUGUUCCUCUUUGUCAUUGUGUCCAUCCCCGCGGCCGUGGCGACCAACUACCCGGGCCUCAUGGUCCUGCGCUUCCUGCAGGGCCUCUUUGGCUCGCCGUGCCUGGCCAACGGUGCGGCGUCGCUGGCUGACAUGUACUCGAUGAUGGCGGUUCCCUAUGCUCUGAUUGCUUGGGUCUCGGCCGCUUAUUGCGGCCCGGCCCUCGGCCCUUUGCUCUCGGGCUUCUCGGUGCCCGUCAUGGGCUGGCGGUGGUCGCUGCUCGAGGUUCUCUGGGCCUCGGUCCCCGUUUUCCUGGCCAUGUUUUUGUUCCUGCCCGAGACCUCGACACCGACGCUGCUGCGGCAGCGCGCCCAGCGCCUCCGCAAGAUCACUGGCGACGCGCGCUUCAUGUCCCAGUCCGAGAUUGAGCAGCGUAACCUCGACAAGCGCGCCGUGCUCAUCGACGCACUGAUCAAGCCCCUGGAGAUUACCAUCAAGGACCCGGCCAUCCUCUUUGUCCAGGUCUAUAGUGCCAUCAUCUACGGCAUCUACUACUCCUUUUUCGAGGUCUUUCCCCUCGUCUACCCCGUGUACUAUGGCAUGGGACCCGGACAAAUCGGCCUCGUCUUCCUCUGCAUCCUUGUCGCCUGUCUGAUUGGUGUCGCCAUUUACAUCGCGUACUUGUACUUUUACCUCAACCCCCGAAUCGCCGCGCACGGAUUCCCUGUGCAGGAGUCGCGUCUCACUCCCGCGCUCCUGGCAGCCUUUGGCCCCACGGUCGGCCUGUUCAUCUUUGCGUGGACGGCGCGGCCCGACGUGCACUGGCUGGCGCCCACCGUAGGCAUCACCGUGUAUGGAGCCACAGUAUUUGUCAUUAUGCAAUGUAUCUUUGUCUAUGUUCCCCUGUCGUAUCCCCAGUACGCCGCCAGUCUUUUUGCCGGCAACGACUUCUUCCGGAGCGCGUUGGCGUUUGCCAGUAUUCUUUUUGCCAAGCCCAUGUUUGCCCACCUCGGUGUCGCUCGCGGUACCACAUUGCUUGCGGGCCUGAGCAUCAUUGGCAUCAUUGGCAUCUGGGUGCUGUACUUUAUCGGCGCGCGAUUACGGAGUAUGAGCAAGUUCGCUGUCAGCGCCGACGAGGAGGAAUGA